CAAGGUUUUACGGGUAUUUCCCUUUAAAUAACGUACAGACCGCCAUUUGCAGAGAGAAUAUAAGACAUCCUAAUAGUUUUACAUAAUGGAGCACAUUCCCCGUCUAUCAGAGGUCGUGUAUGUUGGUCUGUGUGGUAAGAUAGGGACACCGACAGAAGUGGCCAUCAGGAGGGACGUGAUGGACAUAGAGGAGAUGACAAUGAAACCUGUUUAUAAUCAUAAAGGAAUUGCUGUAAUGCAGAGUGGUAGUUAUAGAGAGGGGUUUAGGUUGAGAUCAUCUGAUAUAGAUAAAAUGUUUUGGAAUUGUAAGUAUAAACUAAUAACUGACGUGUCCCAGUUCCAGUUUUAUAAUACAACAAGACAUGAUAUUGUGAUUAUGGAAGAUUCUGAUACACCGCAAGGAUUCGUCAAACUUCGCCUCCUGACACCAGCCCGACACAAAUUCACAAUAACAUGCCUUGUUCUCUUUAAUGGCGGGGCUUAUAUAUCUAGUCGCCUGUGGAGAGAAAGGUACUUUCAGGCCAGUAUUAAUAAAGAUUCCAACAUUGCAAAUUUUAGAAUCCAUGGUCCUUGUAGCAGUGGUUUUUAUGGAUCUAUUGAAAUCGAUGUCGCUUAUUGUUUAGCCACUUUUCCUUGGCCUAAAAUAUUAGGGAAUUGGGUUGACAGAUGUCAGAGACACACCUGGCCGCCGUCAUCUGUGUUAGAAAAAAUCCUAAAAAAUGAAUGUCACUGUGUACCUAUUAGUAGUAAAGUUGAUACAACUUCUAACGAAUUGGAAUGGAGGUUAUCUUUUUCACAAGCCGAGCAACAACUAGUGUGUACCAUGAAUCAUACACAAUUUCUAUGUUACGGACUUCUGAAAAUAUAUCUGAAGGAAGUUAUUAACCAUAGAAAGGUACCAUUGCUGUGUUCAUAUUUUAUGAAGACCACAAUGUUCUGGAUGAUGCAAUUAGAACAAGUUAGAUGGUGCCCAAACAACUUAUUAGAUUGUUUUUGGAUGUGUUUAAAAUAUAUUCUUAAAAGUGUUUACCUUGGAGUUUUUCCUAAUUUUUUCAUUCCAGGGAAUAACAUGUUCAUAAACAAAGUCGUUGGUGAUGCACGUGAAUCUCUCUUACAACAACUUUUUCAGUAUUACAGAAUGGGUGUGUCCUGUUUACUGCUGAGUCCGACUCUCAGAUCCAUCCUAGAACCCGCCCUCAGUAGCCCGUCCUUUGUUUUAUCUCCUGCUGACGGAGAAUUCAUGAGUAUUGUUGAAAUAGAUAUGUGUGUCUUAAAUGAAGUAUCUAAAUUAAGUUUUUAUAUUCAACACAUAUUGGACUUUUAUCUUUACUUAAAAACAAUUAACACACUUUCUCAGUUAUCAAUCUCACCAUACAAGUUGUUAACAUUACAGUACUUUACUGCUCAGACUCUUGUUCAUUUAGCCUUCAUAAUUACAAACAUUGCGAAAUGUUACACACAUAAAAAUAUCUAUAACUUUGAUUCAAUAAUUUGUGGCAUGUUGAAAAUGGCAGCAAGAAUAGGAUAUAUGUCUGAUGUACUUUAUUUCGCAUUGUAUUACUAUAGAACAGGAAGGUAUGAUAAAACACUACACAUAACUUAUAUCACUAAACAAAGACUAUCACAAUCCUUUAUUAUGUAUAAACGUAAUGUUGAUAGGCAGAGAUACAAUGAAGCUGUAGGUAAUCUGCCUUUAUCUAGAAGAAUGAGGAUAGCAGGGGUUAAGGAUGUGCGUUUAUUUGAAAAUACCCCCUAUAUUGAAGAAUUAUAUGUAGAGCAAUGUGUGAGUCAGAAUAAUGGACAGUCAUUCUUAAGUGUAUCACCGUUUGUUAUAGUAGAGAUGUUGUCAGUGUUAUCUCAGUAUAGACUAGAUAAUAGAUCUCAGUGUUUACAGUCACUGACAGACCUACAGACACUGCUGCUCUCCGAUGACGGGACAUUUGUGCCUUUACAUAUCAGAGACCUAUCCUGGCAGAUACUAGGAAUCUGUCAGCAUGUUGUGGGAGACUUACACGGGGCUUUACGGUCUUUUGAAGAGUCGCUCAAACAGGACCCAUUCCAAAGAAUAAAAGAAGCUUCAGAUUUUAGAAUAAAAUGUGUUAAACAGCAAUUACAGAAAAAUGGACACAUGUAAAUAUAGGUUUCUAAAUGUUACUAUCGU